AUGGUUUCAAACUGCGAUGCAUUCUACAAAGUCACCGCAGGUGACACAUGCGUUGACAUUGCCAACAGUCACAGCAUUCCUGUGUCUUCCUUUUACAGCUGGAAUCCUGCUGUCAAGGCGGAUUGUACAGGUCUCCAGGCAAGUGAGUAUGUCUGUGUUGAUGUUAAGUCCUCUGCUACAAGCACCGGUAUCACGACCCCGGCUCCCAUCCAGACUGGUAUGGUGUCCAACUGCGACAACUUUUACAAGGUCGUCACGAACGAUCAGUGCGGUCAAAUCGCAAGCGAGUACAGCAUUCCGCUGUCUUCAUUCUAUAGCUGGAAUCUCGCCGUGAGGACAGAUUGCUCUGGGUUACAGGCUAGUGAAUAUGUUUGUGUCGGCGUGGCUGGAGCGGCAGCACCGACGGCUACAAGCGCGUAG